AUGAUGCCCAUAUUCGACGUUGCUUAUUUCGUACAGCGGGAUCGACAGGCUGCUAAUGCCGCCGCUGGUCGUGAGCCGCCUCCUAUUCCACCUCGCGCUCCCAGAGCCACGCGAUCCAUGGAAGACCAACAGCCACAUACCGCUCGCGAGCAGUACUACCAGCUGCACCGAGAUCCUGUUCAGCGGCCCUGGUACUAUCGGAAGCGCAUGUUGCCGUUUGCCAUCGCCAUGACGAUCAUCUCGACGCUGCUCAGCUGCGUAAUGCUGGCGGUGACAUUGACCCGAAAGUCGUUUCUCAUGAUGAAGGCACAUCCCACGGAGACCGUCACGCAGUCGGCGCUGACCAUGGCCACGUACUCUACAACCUUCUUACAAGAGAGUGCGAUUUUGGCAACGGCGACGGGCAACUCUUUGGUGCCACUUCCCACGACGGUGAGUGGACUGCCAUCCGUGACAGCUGCUACCAACUCUACGGCUUCACCCUCUGCAAGACCAGUUGCACCGAUCCUUUCCUCUUCGGACCUUGCUUCGGCGUUUGUUGACCAGCGUGAUAGCAGGGAUAGUUGGGGGAUUCUCGUCUGGCAGGACGGAGCGGGAUCUCUGGCUUACACGGACGGGGACUCUGAGCGAAAGGGCCUUGGACGGAUCCGAGAUGUGCUUCAAGACGCCGCAACAGCGAAAUAUGGGACUCCCAUGGCCGCCGUGGUGGAUGAUGCCGAUAUCGUUCAUUUGUUCUAUCUCGAUGAGCGCAGUGUGGUGUCCCACGUCUUCAUGACUUCAGGCGGCAGCUGGAAAGUCGGAGGCCUGUCCACUGGAACCAAUCGUAUGACUGCCCAUGAGAAAUCGAAGCUCUCGGCAGCGUUCCACCAGGGAGAGCAUGAUACCAAUGUAGUGGUGCUUUCCUACCAGGACCCGGACGGCAAGUUGCAGCUCGCAAUGUCCGAAGAAGCGAGGAAGACCGAUUGGCAUGUCGUCGAUUUCAGUUCCUUUGCAGGACGCCACGAGGCUGGAGACUGGGGAGGAAUCGGCCAUGCCAUUGCUGGCGACUGGCAAAAUAAGAGACAAGAGUCUGAUGGAUCGUUUAGCGGGCUCUUGUUGGCCGUGGAGAAGGAAGGGGAGAUUAUGCCUUGGGAGUGUUCGGUGGACUUUCACGCUUCUUCAACAAAGCAGGUUGAGUGUCACGUAUUGGACAAGAUUUUCCUUGAUUCCAAGGGAGAGGGGAUAUCUCCAUCUUCUCGGACGAACCAACUGGCCUGGAUCCGCACCGGCCACGGCCAAGGCAAAGCACCGGCGCAGACGCUGCCGUACGAGUUCGCGCUCCUGUACGCAGACUCGCGAGGAAGCAUCCAAGAAAGCCGUGUGGGGGUUGAUGUCGAGAGGGUCUCUGGGGACGGAUUCCACGGCGAUGUGAAGUUUGACAGCCUUGCGACGAAUGGGAAUAGGACGGUGUAUGCAAAGUCUGGAAGCAAUGUUGUGGUGUUUCGGCUGGAUGAUGAUGGGUGGCAGUGGAGGCUUGACGGAAUUGUCAACACGACCAUUUCUGAGACUGAUUCAUAG